UUUAUCAUUCAUAGGUAUCUAGAAGUUGUCCUGCAAAGAGUGCCAAAGAACACUUCCUCCUAAAUAUUGCAUGUGAAGUGUAUAAAGUUUGUUGCAAUCAGGAGGAAACUUCUCCGUUAUCUAAUCAAGGACAACCCAGUGCUGCCGACUGUUGGAGAUCAACGAAUCAGCAUCAGUGUCAACACAGGAGGUGGUGCGGAGUGGCUCAGUACCGGCCUGUAUCUUUCUCCUGGGAUGAAGACUUAUAUAUCCGUACCAACUGAUAUUGUGGCACAGGGAAGAUGGCAGGUGCAGAUCAGUUGCCAUACAGACUUCCUCAGACACCAGGACUUAAAGAGGGCCCCAUGUGUCUUUGAGAGAUUCCCAGUCACUUCUGAGAAGAUGCUGGUGCACAACCUUUGGGGCGGGCUCAUUUACCUGAUAGCUCCUCCUAGAACUCAGGUGACAGGAGCAGAGGUCAUAGUUCAUAAAGCUGUGUCUGCUCCAUAUUAUAAAUCAGGAGAAACCUCUCUAAGUGAGUGGUCUGUCCUCCGUAAGGCGCCCUCUCCCUGGGCAGAGCUGGAGUUUGAGAACAUCGUCCUGACUGUGCCCUCUGAGGUGGUGCGGGGCCUGGAGCGUCCUGAUGAGUUGGCUGCUGUCUGGGACAGGAUCAUGAGGGCUGUGGCGGACCUGGCUGCGAUCCCAGAGAAGUUUACAAGGAAGGAGCGCAUUGUCUGUGAUGUGCAGAUCUCUGCAGGCUGGUUGCAUGCAGGCUACCCCAUAAUGGCACACAAUGACGAAGCUGAAACCUUUGUGAUGGCAAAAGAACACUGUGAUUUGUGGGGUCCAGUACAUGAACUGGGACACAAUCAGCAGAGAGGAUGCUGGGAGUUUCCCCCUCACACCACUGAGGCCACAUGCAACCUGUGGUCUGUGUAUGUGCACGAGACUGUACUGAAGAUCCCCAGAGAGAAGGCUCACGAGAUGUUGAGUUCAGCAAAUCGAAAAAAUCAUAUUAAGACUUACAUCAAAAACGGCAGAAAUCUGAACGACUGGCAUGUGUGGGUGGCACUGAUAACAUACUUACAGCUCCAGGAGAAGUUUGGCUGGGCUCCCUUUAAAAGUGUGUUUAGAGCCUAUCACACAAUCAACAAUGUCCCCAGUGACAACAAAGGCAAGAUGAACCUGUACUGUGUGACCUUCUCUGAGACCGUGGGGAUGAAUCUGAGUGGGUUUUUCAAGGCCUGGGGUUGGCCAAUAGUGGGCGCCACUGAGACAAAACUCUCCAACCUGCCAGCCUGGACCGACCACCCCAUGGCCGAAUAUAACUAAAAUGCAUGCUUCAGUUCCCUCUUAACCAGGGUGCUGUCAGUGUGGGAUCUAAUUUGCCUUAAUUAUCCACAUAUAUAUUUCAAAUGUAUUUAGAAUGAAUCAAGAAUGUAAUAAAAGAGAGUGCAAUUAAAC